AUGGAAAGGAAAACCUCGAGAAUGUCGCUGUUGAGCUCAUAUUCUUCAUUUCCGACAAUGCGACCAGCUAUUGCUAAAUUCAACGAUUUCAUUGCCAGAGAUUCACAUAAAGAACCGGUAACGAGGAAAAGUAUUCGAUACAAUAGUCUCAGAAGUUACUUGGCUGGAACAGUGGUCGAGGAGUUGGAUCCUGAUGAAGACGAUGAUGAAAUCCGGGAAAUGUCUUCAACAAUUCCUAGCCCUCAUCGUGGCCGUCUCGCCUUGAUGACGUCAGUGACAACACCGAAAGGAGUCGUCAAAUUAAGUCGAAUCGAGUUGGCUAAUAUG